AGGGCGCCUGGUUCGGGCAGAUCAACAUAAAUAAGGGUCCGCGUCCCUCGUACUGAUGGAGGUCGAUGAGUCCUACAACCACAGCUGCCCCCCAAGACUACAGUAAAGAGACCUCCAAGACGGCGCGCAACAACACAGUCGGGAUGCUCUCCUCUCCAACCGUCGCCGUGGCCCAGGCCGCGCUCUUGCUCGCCGGCCAUGCCGUGGCUCAGGAGUGUCCCAACUAUGUGAACUACUUCAAGCAGAAGCACGAGCCGCUCAGCACUGGCCGCCACGCACUGUCUUAUAUGCGCCCGCCCGCUGAGUGCCGCACCUUCAAGUCACAGGAGGUCGAGGACGCCGUGGCCCGCGUUCGGGCGGCCAUCGCGGACCCGGAUCUGGCGCGCAUCUUCGAGAACGCGUACCCCAACACGUUGGACACGGCCAUCAAGUGGCGCGGCACCGCGGCCGACAACGCCGACGAGGAGCUGACCUUCAUCAUCACGGGCGACAUCAACGCCAUGUGGCUGCGCGACUCGGCCAAUCAGAUGCAGUCGUAUCUGCCGCUCCUCAAGGCUAGCGACUCCCGCGAUAGCAUCGCCAGCCUGUUCCGCGGCACCAUCAAUCUGCAUGCCCGCUACCUGUUGACGUCCCCGUACUGCAACAGCUUCCAGCCACCGGCCGAGUCUGGGAUCCCACCUGCCUGGAACGACGCAGCGCGCGAGGACACCGUCACCCCUCGCUACAACAGCUCGUUCGUGUUUGAGUGCAAGUACGAGCUCGACAGCCUGGCCGCGUUCCUACAGCUGUCACACGACUACCACACUGCUACCGGUGACGCCGCCUUCUUCGGCCGCUUCCGCUGGGCCGACGCUGUCCGCGCGACCCUCAAGGUCGCUCGGGACAUGAUGACGGGCACAUACGGCGAAGAUGGCCGUGUUCUCAAGUCUGCCUAUACGUUUACGCGCAUCACGCCGCGGGGGAGCGAGACCCUGACCAACGACGGCAUUGGCAAUCCCGUCGCCAACGGCACGGGGCUCAUCAGGUCGGCGUUCCGCCCCAGCGACGACGUGUCCAUCUACCAGCUCUUCAUCCCCGCCAACAUGAUGUUCGCCGCCAACCUCGCGCGCGCCGCCGACAUCGCAGCCAAAAUCUCGAGUGGCAACCAGGCCAUGGCUGGGCUCGAGGCCGAGAUGCGCGACAUGGCCGCCUCGCUGCGCAACGCCAUCAACAGCCACGGCGUGGUUCCCGACGCGACGCGCUCGGGCCGCGGCGACGUCUAUGCCUAUGAGGUUGACGGCUACGGCUCGGCCAGCCUCAUGGACGACGCCAACAUCCCGAGCCUCCUGUCGGCGCCGCUCUCGGGCUUCCUGGACCGUAGCGAUCCGCUGUACCGCAACACGCGCGCCCUCGUUCUGGGCGAGAGGGGGUUCAACUCAAACCCCUACUUCAUGCGGGGCCCCGUCAUCAACGCCGUCGGCGGACCGCACGUCCGCCUUGGCUACGCUUGGCCCAUGGCCAGCAUCGUGCGAAUCCUGACCAGCGACGACGACAUCGAAAUCAAGGGCGUCCUGCGCGAGCUGGUCAGCAGCACCGACGGGCUAGGAUUGAUGCACGAGGCUGUUAAUGCGCACAACCAAUCUGACUGGACUCGGCCAUGGUUCUCGUGGGCGAACGGGCUCUUUGGGCAGAUGAUACUGGACCUACAGGAGAGGAAGCCCGAAAUCCUGAAGGAAAGCUUCCAAUAAUUGGGGAAAGUAGCAUAGGGCUGCUCCGGCACGAUUAGUUCACAUCAGCAACAUUGUAAAAGCUAUGCCGCCAAAAUCUUAAUAAUAAUAAUAAGCUGAUGGAG